AUGUUAAAGUCAAAUUUACUCGUCGCGUUGCUAGUGACUGUUUUGGUUUUGACACUGGUCCAGGAGAACGAAGUGGAAGCAGCACCGGAGCCAUGCCAUGGAAUGUAUAAAAAACCAAAGGAAGAGAAAAGCAAAAAGCCCGAUGACGAUGAAGAGAAAGAUAAGGAGAAAAGCAAGAAGGAUAAGAAAAAAGAGAAGUUAAAGCGUCUUGAGAAAUGCGAUACCAACCAUAAAAAAGUAGACCCCGACUCCCUCAAAACG